AUGCUUGAAGACGAGGGGGGUGCUAUACCAUCUCAGAGCAAAGGCUCCUGGUCGUCAUUCCUGACAUCCAUUUCCUCUUUCAAUGGAGAUCUAUCUACCCUCACGGCCCCUGCGUUUAUUCUGUCCACCCAAUCAUUGGUGGAGUUCUCUGCAUAUUGGGCGGAAAAUACCUCGCUCUUCAUCGCACCCACACAAGAGCCUGAACCGGCCAAACGCGCCCUGCUGGUGCUGAAGUGGCUGUUGAAUACCUUCAAACAACAAUACUGCUCUCGUUCGGAAAAAUUGGGCUCAGAAAAGAAACCUCUCAACCCUUUUCUGGGUGAGCUGUUCUUGGGUGAGUGGGAUGACGAGUUUGGCCAGACACGCCUGGUUUCCGAACAAGUCAGUCACCACCCACCUGUGACGGCCUACUGCAUCACGAACGAUAAAUACCGCAUUCGACUGCAGGGCUACAACGGGCAAAAGGCGACUUUUAGUACGACCAUCUAUGUCAAGCAGAUUGGACAUGCGCUUUUGACGCUCUAUCCGGCCGGGAGCGACAGACCCGAGACAUAUCUGAUCACCUUACCCUUCUUGCACAUCGAAGGCCUCGUUUAUGGCGCACCGUUCGUGGAACUGGGCAAUUUUAUCCAUAUCGUUUCGAGCAGUGGCUAUGUAGCCAAGAUCAAUUUCACGGGUAGAGGCUGGCUGUCAGGCAAGAAGAACAGUUUCACAGCCUCAUUGUGGAAAGAAGGAGAAGGGUCGGAGAAAACCCCAAUAUACACCGGAGACGGACAGUGGUCCGAUGCAUUCACGCUGAAAGAAGGUGAGGGCAAGAGGGCCAAGGAGAUUGAAACAUUCAAGCCAGGCGACAUAAAGCUGUCGAAGUUGAAUGUGGCACCAACCGAAGAACAAGACGUGUUCGAAAGUCGGAGGGCGUGGGCUAAUGUGGCGCGAAGUAUUGAAAAGGGUGACAUGGACGCUGCUUCAUAUUUCAAAUCCCGGAUCGAAAACGCUCAGCGAGCUUUGCGUCGGAAGGAGAGUGAUGAGAAGAGGGAUUGGGAAAGAGUGUUCUUUUCCCAAGUCGAUCCCAACGACGAAGAGGAAGCCACCUUCCAGAACCUAGCCAAGGUGAUCACGGGGUUCGGGAUCAAUAGCUGGGAGGGCGUGGCUCCUGACAAGACGGCCGGGGUGUGGAGAUAUGAUGAGAAAAAGGCAGCUCAGGCAAAGAAGCCAUAUCAUCAAGAAGGACUCCUGGCGCUCGGAGAGAAUCCUGACGGGACUUCGGCACCAGUGAGUCGAGUCACGACCAACCAGAACAGCCAUACGAGUUGA